UUCUCAACCCUCAUUUCCUCUCUCUCUCUCCCUCUCCCUCUCUCUCUCUCUUCCAUCCUUGUUUGUACACUAAAAGUUCUCAUUUCUUCUCUUCUACAAUUAACUUUGUCCUAUUCUUCCCAGUAGAUGUCAACCAACAUCACACAUCUCCUGUACUCAUAACUCAGCUCAUUCACAACAAAAGUAAUCUUCCAUUCAUCCCAGAGCCUCGAAUGUCUCACACAAUUUCCUCGAUCUCUAGUGUUUAGUUGCAUUAUGUCCUCGUAUCAGUAGCAAACUCUUCAUCAAGUUCGGAAACUCAGUUAAACUAACUUUUAUGCUACCAGUAGCGAACUCUUCGUUAAAACAAAGUGAAGUGUGACUUUGCACUUUUCACACAUUUAGAGCAAAUGGGUAGUACUACGGAACCCGAAAGCAGCAACAACUCCUGUCUCUCAUCCAUAUCCUCAUCCCCUUCAUCUCCGAACCCGAUAACUGAAACAUCCAAACCCGUUAACGACACGAGGAAGCCGGGUUCAAACAAGCGGGCACGGGAUUGCAAUAAGCACCCGGUCUAUCGUGGAGUUCGGAUGCGGACUUGGGGAAAAUGGGUGUCGGAGAUCCGUGAACCGAGAAAGAAGUCUCGGAUCUGGUUGGGUACAUUCCCUACGCCAGAAAUGGCAGCCCGGGCUCAUGACGUGGCGGCCUUAAGCAUCAAGGGUAGUUCCGCCAUUUUGAACUUUCCGGAUCUUAUCGGGUCGCUGCCCCGACCCGUUAGCCUCUCGCCCCGCGACGUCCAAGCUGCCGCGGCAAAGGCCGCCGCAAUGGAGCUCAAAGCCGACGUGGAGGAAGAUCCUACGACGUCGGAUGAGUUGGGAGAGAUUGUUGAGCUGCCAAGAUUGGAUGGUAAUUUAUUCGAUUCUGCAGAUUCGGGUUCUGAAUUUGUGUAUUAUGACCCAGUGGACCCGUGGGCGUAUCCGGAUACAUGCGGGUUCAUAUCGGAUCAAACGUGGGAUCCGAAUAGCUUUGAAGGUCUGUUAUGGGAUUACUAGCUAAUUUAUUUCUCCUUAUUUGGUAGUGCGCGCGUAUGCCCCUCAUUUUUUUCAUCAUGGGCUGGUUUUUUUUGUGCUUCUCCUUAUAUUGUCGUUUAAUUAGCAUCCUCAUGAUUGCAUAAAUUGUAUAAAGUUCGGAGAAAGCUUGGGGGGAGGAAUGAUAUAAUGAUAUGACUUCUUUGGUUUGUGUGAGAAAUUAUG